ACAAAGCCUCCUGUAGUUGAUAGUGAAGUUAUUUUUCCUGUCUCUGGAACACAGCCCGCAUUAAGUUUCAAAAUCAGUUAGAUAACAUAUACUUUUAUUCGGCUAUAAAAAUAUAGUUUUAGAUGGUUUUUGGAUUUUACAAAUGAUUACAUUUAACUGAUUUUUGAUAAAACUUCUCACAGCUUUUUUCCGGCUUAAAAAUUGAUUGGUUAUUGUGGCUGCAAAUAGUAACAAAACAGGAAUUACUAUUUCAUUGCUCAUUGUUUACAUUGUUUUAGAUAAAUUCUCAUCUACCGGUUGGAUUAGUCUCAGAUCAAUAACAACAGUAAAAAUCAUACGUUUUUUAUUUAAAUUUGAAACACUUUGAGGCCGUUUUGGUACCUUUCAAUGACAGAAGAUACAUUUUAAACCCGUGUGAGAUCCUCAUUAUUUGGCAUCACCUCUGCAGGCUGCUGUGGAGUCCUUGCAUUUGCAUAUAGUUGAAACCGGACAUAUAUUUACUCUGUUUAAAAAGAAACAUAACCCAUUUUUCUCACUGUCUAAGAUUGAACCAGACUAAACUUUUUCUGUUUUAGGAUGGCCAGAAGUACCAAAGCUAUUUUCUCUUUGCUAAAUGCCAGAAUAAUGAGAGAAAUUUGUAUUAGAUUUGCCUUUUAAACUAUGUGACAUGGGUCUAAUGUUCUAGGUUUCUAAUGUUUGGUGUAAAUUUGCCCCAUUUCUCAAGAACUGCGUUAACUGAGUCAGGUUUAUAGGCCAGAUUUUUGGCUCACGCCUGCCCACAAAUCUUCUUAUCAGAGCUGUUUGAUGGCCAUGAUUAGAAUUGUUGUUGUCAUUAGUAGACCCAUUUGUGCCCAAACUUUCAUUUCCUGGCUGAAAACUCAGCUUCUUUUUAACUUUCAUUGUUUUAGUUUACAAACUCUGGUCAAGAUUUUCCCGGAUUGUUUAAAUGCACAGCAAUCUGUACUCUUCCAACUUGAACAGGUUCUUUUGACAUUUAGCAAACAGAGAUAGUUUUAGUCAUCCUAACUAAUCAAAAGCAGGGGGAAAAAAUUCCUUUAUGUCAAAAACACGGGAAAAAAAGUUGAGUUUUUAAACAGUGUAUUAAAACUUCUGGUUUCAGCCUAUAUAGCUGCAUCAUCUGAGUACAUUUGGCACUGAAUGUGAAAUGAGUAGGCAGUUUCAGGAAGUCAGCUCGAACCUUUUACUUGCGCAUAUUGCACAGGAAAGUGUCAAAGCAGAGCACAUGGGGUUGCGUGAGCAGGAAGUAAGUCGAACCUUCAACUAAAAUAGGAAGAGAUCUCAGAGCAAGUGGCAGCAUAAGGUCGUUUCCUCCUUUGUACCUUUUCAUAUAUUACCGGAACACCCUCCUGCUGAGAUAAACAUUCUCUCAUUCAGGCUGCGCAGAUGAUGCAAGACACUCUGGUGCGAGUGUUUGUGGUGGCUGCAGGUCUUCUGUUGUGUCCCCGGGAUAAUCCUGGGGUUGAGGAAUGGGACGAUGCCGUCGACGAGGAUUUGCAAAAGCACGAACAGAUGCUGCUGGAAGGGGAAGAGAAACUAGUCCAACCAUCAGCACCUGUCAGUUACAAAAUAAAAGAACCCCAAGGUGACAUAAAUAACAAUCCAGAACAACAGAAUCAGUCCAAUCAACAUGACAAAGAUGAACCAUUGGACACAGAUGUGGCUGUUGCUGAAAGAGGAACUUUUGAUCCCAAAUUACCAGUGGGACACAUGACAAGUAAAUCUGCUACCGUGAAUCUGACUGAAAAUCUAGACAAUCAGGAGGGAGAAGAUUUUAGUAGUGGCAGCUCAGAACAAGAUAGUCUGCAGGGACAUUAUGAGAAGUCAGAAGGUGCAGCAAUCCACCCCAAAGAUCGAGACUCACCUGCCUCACAUGUCUACAGCAAGAUGGAAAAUGAAACCUCAGAGAAAGGUAUUGCAAAAUGGGAGAGGGAUUAUCUCUGGUACAUCUGGAACACAUUCUCCAUCAUUUCCAUAAUGCGCUUCUUCAGGAAAUUCCUGAAGAGAAAUUUCAAAACAGAUCUGGAAGAGACCAGGAUCUCCCCCCGCAGAUCUCCUGAAGUGUCGCUGCCUGACGUUGAAACUCUGCAGAGCUUUUAUGCUCAGUGUGUUCAGGCCUCAGCUGAGAAAAUGUUGAGGGAGAAGGGUUUUUUGGAAGGAUUCGCAAAUGACCUCUUGGAGGCCAUGAGGACGGUUUGUGAAAACAACGGCAGCAUGUUGAUUGAGGACUUUCAGAUGGUGAAAGAGCGUGACAUCAUUGUUCAUUUUGCUCCAUGCAAACCAUAUAGUGUCCGCUGCCUGCUCGGGAACAACCCGGUGAGUGAUCCACUGCUUUACAUGCAAGUCUGCGGUCAGAUAAAACUCCUGAAAGAAGAGAAAGUCCCAAAUGGCUGCCCCUGCCAGUCCGCCGAUGCAGACGAUAUGGUUUGCCUGGUACAUUCGGAGAGCGACAAAGCAAAAACAAAAGUGGCUGAUGCUUUCAAUGGACCGCUGUGCAGCAAGAACACUCCUUUUCUGUCAAAAUCGAAGAUCACCCGGUGGUUUCAGAACACAGUCAAACAAGCCUGGGCGCAGAUCUCACAUAAAUACGAGUUUGAGCUCAGCAUCCGCUACGUUGAGACUCCAGGCGCUCUGGUGGUUCGCUUCAAGUCAGGGAAGAAGAUCAACUUCAGUUUGAAGCCGGUGGUUAAGUUCAACACAGAAGCUCAUUUCUGCAUCACACCCUGGUCCUCCAGAGAUGUGGACACUUUCUGGGUGCUGUCGCUCUCCGUCUACGAAGACCGCCUCCUGGAACAUCUCUCCAAACGCCUUCCUGUGAACUCCUGUCGUGAUCAAAUUCUUGAAAUUGCCUUCUUCCUUCAUAGGAGACAGGAAGCACUGACAGGGAAGACUGCACUAAAGGACAUCCACUUUAAAAUGGCAUUAAUGCACCUUCUGCUGGCCAAAAAAACAUCGCAGUGGCAACCAAACUUUGCUACCUGCAGGCUACAAGACCUGCUGAGCUUUGUGGAGGAAAGUCUUAAGAGGAAGCACCUGACCCACAUUCUCGUUGGCAACCCUUUGGCUGAGGUUACUGGACUGCCUAAAGAAAUCUGCAGAGCAAAGCCAGUGAACCUGUUUCAUCUCUUUGUGGAAGAUGACUGUGCAUAUAAGAAUGCCGUCAUGCAUUUCCAGGAGAUGUUUCAAAAUGCCCACAUGUUGAUACAUGAAUAUGUUGUUCAACCUCGGGCUGGCACAAAAUCCUUUGCUUAAAACUGCGUACAGUUAGACAGACUUUUUUUCAAAUAAUCAUAUACUGUAAGUGCAGGUGCAUCUUAAUUACAGAAUAACAAGAAGGGAGUCUAAUCAGAGGGAAACUUGCUACGUUGACUUUGGACUUGAUAGCAUUCAGCGGACUUGCACCUGCAGACACGGCUCCUUGAAUCAACACAGGCCUCUGUUGUCCCCGUUUUUUGUACGGUGACUUUUUUUUUUCUUUCUUCCUCUCAACUCUUUAUUUACAUGCUUGCUUACAGAACUCUGAACAAUGAGGUUCUUUAGCCGUUACUCUUUGUGGCUUUACUAGCCUUGUGGAGAGUCCAGUCAUCUGUCUGCUGGAUUACUGUCAACUCAGUCUUCCCUGUGAUUGUGCAGAGCAAAGCAACAUUUCACAAUUGGAACGUUUAAUGCAUUAGGUAAUUUCCUGACCAACUGAAUUUUGCAUUUCCACCUUCUGUAAGCCUUUAUCCUCUAAAUUAACAGGAUAAAGGCCUUGAAAUACAUCAAGUCUUAUCCACAUUUGAACCAAAUUAUUAAAAUAAAAAUGUUUUGUUGGUGAUCUAAUCUAUUUAGAUAUAACUGUAUUUAAAUAAUAAAGUAUUGGUAUAUCAUGUGAUAA